AGGAUUGUGAGUUUGAAACAAAACAACACAGCAAGUUUGAGACCAGUUAGGGAACAUAAUGAGAUUCUGGAGGGCAGAGGGGGAGAUGGUAGGAAAUAUGUGACUCUUCUCCCAGGAGACCCAGGAAUCCUUUCUCCCCCAUUUGUGCUAUUAGGUAGAAGUCGGCAGACACACAGAAUUGGAGUUCUUGGCUCAAGCAGAUCAGCUAACUCAGGAAUGGACCCUUACAAGGGGCUUUGGAGACUACGAAGCAGCUGGUGAGCUGUGGGAGAGACACCGCAUAAGAGAACAGAAUAGAAACAGUAGACAGAGAGCAGAUAAAACACGAGUCCCAGAGGGCCCGAGCCAGCUGCAUCCCAGGCAGUCUGGAGCCCGGGAUUGGAGACCCCACCCCUGCUGUGACAUCACAGGGGUGUGGAGUGAAGACGAAUAAAAAGGAGGUCCACCCUAGACUGUUGGCAGCCAGAGUGUCAAGAGGAAAGAGAGACUAGGCACUGACUGCAGUUGCCUGGCUUACAGGCACUAGCUCUAUUCCUCAAGUCCCACUAAGCGGGCCACUCCAGGCCUUGAUCUCUUUCUCCCUGAGGUCGUCUCUUUGGUCUGCCCUUCUGAGUGGCUGUGAGCACUUUCUCAGUAUGAACUGUAUAUCAGACUUCUUCACCUACGAGACUACCAAGUCGGUGGUUGUGAAGAGCUGGACCAUUGGGAUCAUCAACCGAGCCGUCCAGCUGCUGAUCAUCUCCUACUUUGUGGGGUGGGUUUUCCUGCAUGAGAAGGCCUACCAAGUGCGGGACACCGCCAUUGAGUCUUCAGUAGUAACGAAGGUGAAAGGCUUCGGACGCUAUGCCAACAGAGUCAUGGACGUGUCCGACUAUGUGACCCCACCCCAGGGCACCUCUGUCUUUGUCAUCAUCACCAAGGUGAUCGUUACUGAAAAUCAAACGCAAGGAUUCUGUCCCGAGAAUGAGGAGAAGUACCGCUGUGUGUCCGACAGCCAGUGUGGGCCGGAGAGGUUCCCGGGUGGGGGGAUCCUCACUGGCCGCUGUGUGAACUACAGCUCUGUUCUCCGGACCUGUGAGAUCCAGGGCUGGUGCCCCACCGAAGUGGACACCGUGGAGAUGCCUAUCAUGAUGGAAGCUGAGAACUUCACUAUUUUCAUCAAGAACAGCAUCCGUUUCCCUCUCUUCAACUUCGAGAAGGGAAACCUCCUGCCCAACUUGACAGCCAAGGACAUAAAGACAUGCCGCUUCCACCCUGAAACAGCCCCAUUUUGCCCCAUCUUGAGGGUAGGGGACGUGGUUAAGUUCGCUGGGCAAGAUUUUGCCAAGCUGGCCCACACGGGUGGAGUUCUGGGCAUUAAGAUCGGCUGGGUGUGCGAUCUGGACAAGGCCUGGGACCAGUGUAUACCCAAAUAUUCCUUCACUCGGCUGGAUGGAGUUUCUGAGAAAAGCAGCGUCUCCCCUGGCUACAACUUCAGGUUUGCCAAAUACUACAAGAUGGAGAAUGGCAGCGAGUACCGCACACUCCUGAAGGCUUUUGGCAUCCGCUUUGACGUGCUGGUGUAUGGGAACGCUGGCAAGUUCAACAUCAUCCCUACCAUCAUCAGCUCCGUGGCCGCCUUCACUUCUGUGGGAGUGGGGACUGUCCUCUGUGACAUCAUUCUGCUCAAUUUCCUCAAAGGGGCCGAUCACUACAAAGCCAGGAAGUUUGAGGAGGUGACUGAGACAACACUGAAGGGUACCGCCUCCACCAACCCGGUGUUCCCCAGUGACCAGGCCACUGUGGAAAAGCAGUCCACAGACUCGGGGGCCUACUCCAUCGGCCACUAGGGCCCCUUCCAGGGUCCCAUGCUCACCCUUAGGCUGCAGACUCUCCGACGGCCCACCCUGUCUGGGCAGAUGGGGGUGGGAUGGGGGAGAGAGGGGUUCUCAUUUCUGCUGCUCAUCCCAAAGACCACAGCCAGGUAUCUCGGUCCUUACUGUUCAGCAGACAGGUAAUGCUUCCCGCUAAGACCCAAAUCUUGCCUUUAUCCCUUGCAUGCCUCCCAUCUGCUUCCCAGGGUUCUGGGACAGCAGUAUCCAUUCCUUUCCAAAGGAGAGAGAAAAUGGUUGCUACGGUUACACCCAUAGGGCCUACCAAGUACCAGGCACUUCCAUAGGCAUUAUCUCAUUGAGCCCUUAAAAUAAUGCUGUAGGGUAUAAUUCUGGGGUUUUUUUUGUUUUUGUUUUUGAAGAGAAGCAAAGGUUCAGGAAGACUGAGUCAUUUGCCCCAGGCCACCAGAAAGUGAGAUUUAUACCCAGGUCUAACUCCUUUGCCCACAUUCAUGAGGGAAGAAUGAACUCCUUACAUGUGGUCCCUUUGUGUCCAUUGCCUUUCCUUGCCUUUCCUGUGACUAGAUCACCAGUGAGCUUUCUCGGCAAUGCAGGCCCUACUUUAGGGGAGCCCAGUGAGAUGGAGUACAGACUCUCAUUUCUGACUUGGCCAAGUCCAGCUUCAGAAGGAAAUAGGAGGUAUGUCUGUUGGUGAAUUUUUCCUCACCUCACCCCAUAUCUCAAGCACAAGCUGAGGAGCAGACCUUUAUUCUCCAGAUAGGCCCUCACACAUCUGGACCCCCACUCCAGAAUCCAGAUAGAACACACACACACACACACACACACACACACACACACACACACACCAAACACGACAGGUGAGAAGUGAUUUCUAAACCUAGCAUCAUGCCCCCAGGACAUCGGCUGUCCUUGUUUAAGCAUUGUUGGAAAAGCCUUACUUAAGCAGCUAGGGAUAUGGCUGAGUACAUACAGUGUUUGUCUAGCAUGUGUAAAGAAAGCCAGGGGCCGACCUCCAGCACUUUAUAAUCCAGGUAUGGUGGUGCACACCUGUAAUAAUACUAGCACUCAGGAG